AUGAGAGGCCUACCGGAAACAGUAACCAACGACCAGCUACAGGCCGCUCUCAUAGACCUGUUCAAAAAAAUACUGCCGGAGGCCCCAUUACAAGACCUCAUGAUGGACAGGGCUCACAGAGCACUUCGACCUCUGGCGCUGGACCCGGACACCCCCAGGGAUGUAAUAGUGCGGAUGCAGCGGAUGCAGCUGGUCCAAAGAGCACGACAAAAUCCUCCAACCUUCCAGGAAAAAAUAUAGCUCUUUUCCAGGACUUAGCGCCCACGACCCUGAAGAAACUGAGGGACCUCUGACAAUUAACGAACACCCUCAACCACCAUGGCAUAAGGUACAUGUGGGGACACCCCUUCAAGCUGGUAGUUCUCAGGGAAAACCAGACUCACAUAUUGUCUAAUGCAGCUGAGAUGGUUCCCUUCACAGAAUCCCUAGGCAUAACACUUCUGCCCCUGCAACCACACAGGCCAUUGGGCCCAAGAGGAAGCUCCCGGAGAUACCAAGAGACCACCAGCCACUCACCCCAACGCACGCCGAGAAAGAGAGCACCUCUGAGAUCUCAGAAUGGCAGUCUGCACCGGCCCUAACCUUCGGCCACAAAACUCAUCAGAGACCAUCACCCCCCCAGGACUACCAAAAAACGAACAAGCUCUCUGACCCACGCCAAUAUCCUUUCCUCUCGCAUUCUAUAUUAUAA